AUGGGUUCAUGCCCACUAUCACCUCAUUACUCGCCUAUACUUGUAUUUCACAUAACAAGCUUUAUUCUAAGGAAUCCGGAACGGCAGAAGGAAGUGAUGGAAUGGUACCUGGGCGCCUUGUCAUUUGAGCGCAAACCUUUGACUCAACUUCAAUGGUCCAGUUAUGCGGCAAAUAUAAUCAGAGUAUGCGGUAUGAAAUCUGACCCGGUUACUGUGACGAAGAAUGGUAAAAUCGAGGUCGGUACGGGAAAGAAUCAGGAACUCUCGUUACCCAAAGAAGAGCCAUUUAGCGAGCAGGAUUUCUUAUGUCUAAAGAACGAUUUGAAUGGCAUGUUGACCGUGCUGAGCAAAGGGAGCGGUAGCGUCACCAGGAAGGAAGUUUUCGCUUUACGAAAAAGCAUCCAGUCGUGGUCAAAAGGGGACAACGAACGAGCUGUGAUUAUUGAUUCCUUGAACGUCUUUCACGGAGCGGCAAAUGGUUUCGAUCCACUAAUAAGGCUUACCAACAGG